UUAACCGAGUGUGUGAAUGUAAAUCAUAAAGCCCAGGGCUGGUCAGAGCUUCAGCCUUUUACUUCUUUCAUAAUUGAUGGACAGGCAGAUAUGAAAGCGAUGAACUGAGCAGCUUUAUACUGGUGAGGGGCAUGAGAUGAAAGAGAGAGAGAGAGAUGAAAUGAAUGUGAAAUAGAGAAAGAGAGACAGAUUGAGCGAGCACUAUAAAGAAAGACAAACAGUAGAGAUGUGAAUCAGUCAGUGAAAGAUUGAUGAUUGGUCUCUCUGGACUCCAUGGCAACAGAUGCUGAUGUGUGUCUGAUAACAGAUGAAGCGGCAGUCUAUUCAAGCCCAUCAUGGAGACCCCUAACCGUCGGAGGACCACAAAAGUUAAUGAAACUGUCAAAAAGCAUCAUCCAAUUGCUCUCGGGCCCGCUCCGCUUUUCCGUACGGUGGGCCUGACGGGUCUGUCUGCUAGUUUACCUCCUCACCGUCGGCUGCGAUCGGUCGUACACAAGACCCUUAACACAUCCACUGUUUCGUGUCAAUCCGAUGACCUGUGGACGCGACGUCCCAGCCGCUGGUUUCCAUCAGAUUCUGCUGUGAGUAGAGGACCAAGAAUCCAUCAACCUCACACAAACUCACUCUCUGUCUUAACUGGACAAACCGAAACACAAGAGAAACGUCUGCCCAAUGUAGGUGUCAAAAAAUGUUCCAUUCCUCAAAAACUAAGAAGUCCUAGAAAUCAGAGAGUCAAAGAUAAAGAGAUGGUCCCGCUAAUGGUCAACGUUUCACACUGGGAUUACAGCGGAAGGCUAAAGACUCGAAACACGUCUCCUGUAAGACAGAAAGAGUGGGGGGAAUAUAUGUUUGAAGAAGUGUGGAGAGGAGAAAGCCAGAAGUUCAGAAGGACGAAGACUAAAAGAAUAAACAGAAAUGAAGUAUCUGAUAUCAGCCAGCGGAUACAAAGUUUAGAAAUAACAGACACCCAGACAGAAUCACACAAACAUCAGAUGGGGUUUAAGCCAAGAGGGCGUGGCCACAGGGCGGUGCCUUUAGGUAGAGAGGAGGGGCAAACGAGGAGAGACCGACGCCCACACUUCCUCCCACCCAUAACUCAAAGUGACUGUCUGCUUAAUGUUCCUCUGAUCCUUCCGGAUAAUUCACCUCCUCCAUCACCCUGCUCUCCAUCAGACAUCCUGUUCUUCCCGCUGUCUGUUCCUCUUCCAACCUUUCCCUCUGAGACAUGAGACAGACGAAUGACCUUUGAACCCUGAGAGAAUCUCAGUCUGACAGAGAGUUUGAACAGUUAACAGAAUGACCAACAGGUGGCGUGUGUGACAGAUCUUAUAACAAACUGAUGUCAAGCAAAUGACUCUGAAUUAGCUACAGAAACAACAAAACACAACAACAAUUAGUGGAAAAAGUCUCAAAACAAUAGAUUUUAAAGGGGACAUAUCAUGAAAAUCUGACUUUUUCCAUGUUUUAGUGCUAUAAUUGGGUCCCCAAGUGCUUCUAUCAACCUAGAAAACAUGAUAAAGAUCAACCCAGUAACUUAGUUUUGCAAGUAUGUGAAAAAAUACUGUAGGUCAUCGAAUUUUUGGCUCCUCUUGUGAUGUCACAAGGGGAUCUUAUUAUAAUAAUACCACCCCUUAAUAUGCGACAUCCAGCCACAGCACUGCCAUUUAGUGCAGAGAGAGAGAGAGAGAGCGAGAGAAAAUAAUUAACAGGACAAUUGAGUUUCAAUUUCAACAAACCACCAUUAUGGUGAUCAGUGUUUGCAUUAGCAUCAGCUCAUUUGCUUUUUAAAGGAUACACACAAAAACGGCUUUGUGCUCAAACAAUCUAAAACUUCACAUACAUACUCUGGGGACACCAAAGAUGUUUUUACCAUCUUUAAAAAGUCUUGUGAAAUGUCCCCUUUAAAUGAUUUUUGAUGUACUGCUAUAUUGUUUUGUUUUUUUCUGUGUAAUAUCUCUGAUGGAGUUGUCAUUGCUGUGUGUCUCCAGUAGAGGACGCUGUGUUGUUGUUGUUGUACAGAUGUUAUGAACAGAGGUGUGUUGUGUCUGUUAAACACACAGCUUCAGUUCAGAGGUGUUUCAUGUGUUUACGUUGCUCUCUGACUCACGCUCGCUCUCACCUGCCAAACAAACACAGGCACGGAAAUAACGCAGAUUUCUGGGAUUUUUGUGGGGUACCGAUGGAAAGAAGGGCGGGAGGCAGAACAAGGCGUCUCUCUGUCGCACCCUCUGCUCAAGUGUGUAUGUGUGUGUGU